AGGAUAGUUAGUUAGUUAGUUAGCUUGCUAGCUAGCUAGCAAUUGACGUGGCUGCCCAGCUGACGAAGUAACAUCUGCUGCCAACAGUAGUGAUAGCUAGCAAGUCAACCAGUUGAUUUUGCAAACCCAUUACAGAUCUAACAAGUAGAUCACUUGUUUUUCUUGUUUUUGUAUAGAAUUAUCCUACGUUAGAAAAUGGACCUUCCACACCAUGGACACAGAGCAACUAAACCAAGAGCUCGUACAGGUCCUCCAGCCGGAGACCCCAUGCUCUUUGAUGACACCAGUUCAGGAGGGCCACAAAUGACCAAUCAGGGUUACUACAAUUCAGGAUACAUGAGUGGACCCCCAGCUGCUGGUGCUGGUGCUGGUGCUGGCGUUGGCGUGAACAAUUUAUUUACUGACCCAAUGGCCAAUGCUGCUGUGAUGUAUGGUUCCUCAAUUGCUAACCAGGGGAAGGAUAUUGUCAAUAAAGAGAUAAGCCGGUUUGUUUCAAUGAACAAGCUGAAGUAUUUCUUCGCAGUCGACACGAAAUAUGUAAUCAAGAAACUGAUGCUCCUCAUGUUCCCCUAUACACACCAGGACUGGGAAGUGCGAUACCACAGAGAUACCCCUCUGCCCCCCCGGCAUGAUCUGAAUGCUCCUGACCUCUACAUACCCUCAAUGGCUUUCAUCACCUACCUUUUGCUAGCUGGGAUGGCCCUUGGAAUCCAGAAAAGGUUCAGUCCAGAGGUGUUGGGGCUUUGUGCUAGUACUGCCCUGGUCUGGAUGGUUAUUGAAGUGUUUGCCAUGCUUCUGAGCUUGUACCUUCUUACAGUGCACUCUGAUCUUUCUACCUUUGAUCUCAUUGCUUACAGUGGAUACAAAUACGUGGGGAUGAUUUUUACUGUCCUGUGUGGACUCCUCUUUGGCAGUGAUGGGUACUUUGUUGCUUUGGCCUGGAGUUCUUGUGCCCUCAUGUAUUUCAUAGUGCGCUCACUCAAGAUGAAGAUUCUUUCCUCGUUGUCCUCGGACUCCAUGGGUGCUGGAGCAAGCGCCAAACCCCGUUUCCGCCUUUACAUUACCAUGGCAACUGCUAUUUUUCAGCCAGUCAUCAUCUACUGGCUCACCUCUCACCUGGUCAGGUGACCUGGUAUUGCCCCUGCCUCAGGGUCUGCUGGCAUGGAACUUUUCAAUCACAUGUUGACCUUCUGCAAAGUUUAUGAAGGGUCAUUUCUACACUUGCCUGUGGCCAUUGUAUCAAAAUGGCCUGUAGAUAUUUGCUUGUAGGUUGUUUGUUUUAGGGGCUAAAGGGUUUAUAAACUCCUUAAAUAAACUCACACUGAAUAUGGCAUUUAAUGCGAUCAAAGAGUGGUUAGCUCAUCACAAAAUGUCUUCAGAGUUAAGGGUUUUCACUUCAACAAAAAAAGGAUCUUACAACCUUGUAAGCUCUUUUUCCCAGGCUGUGUAAUAGCCUUAACUGAAAGGAGAGAUGGCAGGCAACCAAAAUGACCAAUGCAAGAAUUUGAGGAGAGUGCAAACUGUUUUGUCUAUAUACAGCACACAUUUAUCUUUCCAACUCCCUGGAUUGACAUUCUGUGCUGAAAUAAUGUGUCUGUUGUGAAGCACACACUUGUAACUCCUUUUGUAUUUAUCUGUGCUACUGGAUGCAUGAACAGCAGUGUUUUGAUUUUUGUAGUAAAAUAAAAACAGAAUGUUUGAAUUUUAA